AUGAGGUUAUCUAUCCCGCCUAAAUACGCUGGGGAUUGGUUGAACGGCGUGAGAGAAGUCCUAGAUGGCAUGUUGAUGCGCUACGUUCCUCAGAUGAAUGGUGUACUACUCGCUCAUUGGGAACACGAGUUUAUGGACGAUACGGUCAAAAUCAUCAAUGAAUCUCCCUAUGGCGUAUGUGAUGUUCAAUUUCGAUCCGUUACCUGGGCUCCGAAACCCGGUCAACGACUGACUGGAUCGCAUUCUCUCUCCUCACCUUCUCAUAUUUCCCUUCUGUUCGGCAAGACCUUCAACGUCUCCAUUCCUUUGCAACAUAUCCCCCAGGACCAAUAUACAUUUGUUCAGACGGACGAGGACGAUCCGCUGGCCGAUGAUUCCGAUUCUGAAGAGGAGCAAGUUCACGGACUGACCAAUGGCAUUGUCGAGGAAGUCGGUCGAUGGAGGAGCACCAAAACAGGCAAAAUCUUGGGCGAAGAUGGCAAAUUGGUCAAGUUUACCGUCAUUGGGUAA